GCGUGACGCUGCGGUCAGCAGCUCAGCUGUGGGAACGAGCAGAGAGGAAGAACAGCGGAGGAAAACAGGGUCCCUGCGAGGGAGGGACGGCAGAUCGGCCGGGCUUCCUUCUUUCGAGCCAGUCUGCCUACGGAUUCCGAUCCCGCCCCGUUAACAGCCAGAUCAUUGAUAGCGGCGGAGGGGAGGACGCCGAGUAGAAAUCAAGAAGAAUUUAGGACCCGACUGCGAGUGAGUGAGUGAACACUGAAGGAAAAAUGGAGCUGGAGGACGGAGUCGUGUACCAGGACGACCCGGGGACGUCGGCUAUGAUGUCUGAGAGGGUGUCGGGCCUGGCCAGUUCCAUCUACCGCGAGUUCGAGCGGCUCAUCGGCAAGUACGACGAGGACGUGGUGAAGGAGCUCAUGCCGCUCGUCGUGGCCGUGCUGGAGAACCUGGACUCGGUGUUCGCCGAGAACCAGGAGCACGAAGUGGAGCUGGAGCUGCUGAAGGAGGACAACGAGCAGCUCAUCACGCAGUACGAGCGGGAGAAAGCGCUGAGGAAGCACGCCGAGGAGAAAUUCAUUGAGUUUGAAGACUCUCAGGAGCAGGAGAAGAAGGACCUGCAGAUGCGUGUGGAGACGCUGGAAUCCCAGGCUCGCCAACUCGAGCUCAAAACCAAGAAUUAUGCAGACCAGAUCAGCAGGUUGGAAGAGCGAGAGGCGGAACUCAAGAAGGAGUACAACUCUCUCCAUCAGAGACAUACAGAGAUGAUUCACAACUACAUGGAGCACUUGGAACGUACUAAACUUCAGCAGCACGCGGGGGGCGAGCCCACCGACGCUGGGACCAUGGGCCGAGUUCGGAAGGAGCGCCCUGUGUCUUUGGGGAUAUUCCCCCUGGCUGCAGGUGAUGCUCUUCUCACCCCUGAGCUCCAGAGAGACCGGGUAGAGACCCCAGGCACAGACACGUGGAGAUACAACGACCUCAGCCACCCGCGGUCCAACACCAGCCUCAAGCAGUUGGAGGCGGAAGAUUCGGUAAAGAGAAGGGAGGGUAAGAGUUCACAGGAGGCUUGGGGGAAUUCGCUGGCUGACGACCGCAAGGAUGAGCUCUCCGACGUCAGCCAGGGCGGCUCCAAAUCCACCACCCCCAUGUCCACGACCACUUCGGAUGUGGCCAUGGCCUCUGUGGACACGCCCCAGAAAGAGGAAGCCGAGGGGCUGAACAAGAACCUGAACACCAAGAGCAGGAAGCCGGACAACAGUAAGAAUAUAGACGUGCCGGCAGGACUCAGGACCAGCUCUGUCUCCACAGGUUCAAGUGAAAAUGAUGAGAAGUCAGAGGUGCAGGCCAUCAUUGAGUCCACUCCCGAACUUGACAUGGACCUCAGCGGCUACAAAGCAGCCAGUACUCCUACUAAAGGUAUUGAGAACAUGGCAUUUGAUCGCAACACAGAGUCUCUCUUUGAGGAGCUCUCCUCUGCUGGCACAGACCUUAUAGGGGAUGUAGAUGAAGGGGCAGACCUGCUGGGCAUGGGCCGUGAAGUUGAACAUCUAAUUCAAGAGAACACACAACUUUUGGAAACAAAAAAUGCCUUAAAUGUGGUGAAGAACGACCUGAUUGCCCAGGUGGAUGAGCUGUCGUGCGAGAAGGAGGUGCUGCAGGGUGAGCUGGAGGCGGUGAAGCAGGCCAAGAGCAAGCUGGAGGAAAGGAACAAGGAACUUGAGGAGGAGCUGAAGAAGGUACGGGCAGAAAUGGAGGAAGCUAAACAGAAGACAAAGGAAGAUGAUGAUAGCGACGUGCCCACAGCACAGAGGAAGCGUUUCACACGUGUCGAGAUGGCCAGGGUCCUAAUGGAACGGAACCAGUACAAAGAGAGGUUAAUGGAACUGCAGGAGGCUGUCAGAUGGACUGAGAUGAUCCGAGCUUCGAGAGAAAACCCGGCCCUUUCUGAGAAGAAGAAGUCUAGUAUUUGGCAGUUAAGUUUCAGCCGGCUCUUUAGUUCCUCCGGCACAGCCACCAAGAAGCCAGAAGCGCCGGUCAACGUCAAGUACAACGCACCCACCUCUCACAUUGUGCCCUCGGUGAAAAGGCGAAGCAGCACGUUGUCGCAGCUCCCCAGCGACAAAUCAAAAGCAUUCGACUUUCUCAACGAAGAAACGGACUCAGGUAGCUUGGCAUCACGCAGGGAACAGAAGAGAGCUCAGUACAGACAGGUGAAAGCGCAUGUGCAAAAGGAAGAUGGGCGAGUGCAGGCCUGUGGCUGGAGCCUGCCGCAGAAGUACAAGGUCACCAAUGGUGGUCAGGCAGAUAAGAUGAAGAAUUUACCUGUGCCAGUGUACCUGAGACCCUUGGAUGAGAAGGAUGCUUCUAUGAAGCUUUGGUGUGCUGCUGGUGUCAACCUGUCAGGUGGGAAGACACGUGAUGGGGGCUCCAUAGUGGGAGCCAGUGUCUUCUACAGUGAUGUGGCUGGGGCUGACAGUGAUGUCCCUAGGCAUAAGAAGGGCUCACAGAGCAGCCUGGACCGGCUGGAGCAGGAACUCAAGGAGCAGGAGAAGGAGCUGCGACAGCAUGAGGAGCUCUCCAGCCUGGUGUGGAUCUGCACAAGCACUCACUCCACCACCAAAGUCAUUGUCAUCGAUGCCAACCAGCCCGCCAACAUCUUGGAGAACUUCUUUGUGUGCAACUCCCACGUGCUCUGCAUUGCUAGUGUACCAGGUGCCCGGGAGACAGACUACCCUGCUGGGGAGGAGGUGCCACAGGAGACGGAAAUGGGUCAGGGUGAUGGUGCCUCCCUGACGGGCAGUAUGGCCAGCGGCAGUUCGGUGGGCAGCGAGGGCACACUGGGGGGCAUCACGGUGGUGGGCUGCACUGCUGAUGGUGGGGGUGCCAUCCCGCAGACUGUCUGCACAUCUGUCAGCGCUCCCCCAGAACCCAGCGCCCAUGGAGACACUGGGGAGCUGUCCUCUGCAGACCGCAGCCCAACGGAGGACACGGCAGAGGCAGAGGAGGCCACCGAGGCCACCGAGGCCAGUGCAGGGACUGGAGAGGAGGGCGAGGGGCUCGAUAUGAGCCAGCCAGGCAUCUACACAGAGCACGUGUUCACGGAUCCACUGGGGGUGCAGGAUCCUGCUGAUCCCCAGUCCUCGUAUCCACAGAGGGAGUCUGAUCUCGUGAAGGAUGGCAUAGCCUCUCUCCCUGACGAGCAGGACCUGAUGAGGGAAGAGGCGCAGAAGAUGAGCAGUGUGCUGCCCACCAUGUGGUUAGGGGCCCAGAAUGGAUGUGUGUAUGUCCAUUCUUCGGUCGCCCAAUGGAGAAAAUGUCUCCAUUCCAUAAAGCUGAAGGAUUCCGUCCUUGGCAUUGUGCAUGUGAAAGGGCGAGUCCUGGUGGCCCUAGCUGAUGGUACACUAGCCAUCUUCCAUCGAGGAGUAGAUGGCCAGUGGGACCUGACUAACUACCAUCUGCUGGACCUUGGCCGACCACACCAUUCUAUCCGCUGCAUGACAGUAGUACACGACAAGGUGUGGUGUGGCUACCGAAACAAGAUCUAUGUGGUCCAGCCCAAAGCGAUGAAGAUUGAGAAGUCCUUUGAUGCUCACCCCAGGAAGGAGAGCCAGGUACGCCAGCUGGCUUGGGUGGGUGAUGGCAUCUGGGUGUCAAUCCGACUGGACUCCACUCUGCGGCUCUUCCACGCACACACCUACCAGCACCUGCAGGAUGUAGACAUUGAACCCUAUGUGAGCAAGAUGCUCGGUACCGGUAAACUCGGCUUCUCCUUCGUGAGGAUCACAGCAUUGAUGGUGUCCUGCAAUCGCCUGUGGGUUGGAACUGGAAAUGGUGUCAUCAUCUCCAUUCCCCUCACGGAAAUGAACAAAGUGACCGCUGGGACGGGUAGUCGGCCGGGCAGCGUGAUCCGCGUCUACGGAGAUGAUAACAGUGACAAGGUGACGCCAGGCACCUAUGUGCCUUACUGUUCGAUGGCACAUGCACAGCUUUGUUUCCACGGACACAGAGAUGCUGUCAAGUUCUUUGCCGCCGUCCCAGGUCAAGUGACCCCCCUACCUGGUGCAGCGGGGGAUACAGGGUCCGAGAAACCUGCUGCAGUUUCUUCAGAUACCCCGUCUCAGGAGCCGGUCAAGUCCGUCCUGGUUAUGAGCGGAGGGGAGGGCUACAUUGACUUCCGAAUGGGCGACGAGGGCGGUGAGACAGAAGAGCUGGAUGAGCCCACGCUGAAGCUUCAGCCCUUCCUGGCCAAAGCGGAGCGCAGCCACUUGAUUGUGUGGCAGGUCAUGGUUAGCGAGGAGUAAGGAGUGCCUCGGCCGCAGCGUCAUGGGGUCAGGGGUCAGAAUGGAGAGAUCAGGGGCAGGGGGGAGGAGGAGCCGCACAAUCCACAGGGAAACCCACAGGCUAAUACAAACUGCAUGUUUUUUCUUUAAUAUUACUUUUUUGUCUUCUGUUUUCAUUUGCUUCUUUUAAAUUACAACCAGUUUGAAUGAUCAAUAUUAUCACUUAAACUAUUGAUUAACUGUUCCAUCUUUUGGUUUUUGUUUUGUUCAUUGCAUUAUUAUGAUAAUUAUUGCUAUUGUUAUUAUUUUGCAUCAGAGUGUUUACUGGACUUUUCCUCUCCUUGUCCUGUGCACAGAUGGGAGCUCAGGGGGGGGGGUGAGUGAGUGAAGGGCACUUUGCAGUGGCCCCUGUGGUGGUUUCUGUGCUGUAGCUGGGAUGUGUUCAUGCACAAACUCCUACAGCGUCUAGAGACAGUAGAUCUGCAGAAUUAGUGGUGCAGACUUCCAACCACACUGAGUUGUUAUGAUGAAUGCCACAGCUGUGUGUGUGCGUGUGCUUUUUUUUUUUUUUAUUUUAUUUUUUGUAAUUUUAAAAAAUUUUUAUUUAAAUGUGUCCCUUGUUUUGUUUUCCACUGUCCUUCCCCUUGAAGAAAACGUUCUGGGUUGUUCACUGCAACGUCGGAGUUACCUGCAGCUGUUCACGUGUCGACUGUAACUGUGCUUUUGUAUUCGAAAUCCUGGCCUUCUUAAAGAUAAUGAUAUAUUUUAAAAUUAAGCAGCUACAAUCUUGCAGAAAGUGUAUCCACAGUUCAGCAACUGAUUUCAAAGAUUAGUGCAAAGUAGAAAAGCCUGAAUUUUAAGUACCAUAGGCCUGCAUGGUGAAGUCCUGUUCUAGUUUCUCAGCCGUUGUCCUACGGUCCACUGAUUUUUAUCCCCCCCCCCCCCCCCCGCACCUUUAGGUCUUCCUAUUGAGCUACAGCUUUGCAGACACUUUAAAAAGUCAUGUUGGCUGCCUUAGUUUCCGAAGUACACAGUUGUGGUAAAAUAUGCUGAACUGUUCCAAAAAGCAAAUCCUUUAUUGAAAUUGAUGUUUCAGAGGAUAUUUAUAUGUGAACAUUACACAGUUACCAAAGGAGAACUAAUUAAGUGAAGAGAGAAAUGCUUAAAACCUCACCGUUUAACUUUACUAAGCUGCCUUUUGCAGUGUUUCUGUCCCUACUUAGGAGUUUCUCCAUCACAUAGACACGGAUCUUCACUAGUGUUUGUUAGGAUUACUAAAUGAAUAUAUUUCUAAGUCACCAUCUUUGCAGAGCAAUGAGUCAUUUGCUUGCCAGGGAUAAGAGAAGAACAUAUAGAUCUGCGCUGCACCUCAGAUUUUUUUACACUACUAGUGGAUGUUUUCUUUACUGGAAGCAACUCUGAUUUGAUGUGUUUAUUGAUACAUUCUGAAACUUUUAAGCCUAUUUUUUAUGGUCUUUUCAUACAUUUGUCUUUUAGACUCUUUAAUCUAUGUUUUAUUGGCCUCUUUAACUUGAAAGCCGAAUUUGCUGAUGUUAAUCUAGUAUUUGUGCUGAUAACUGUGGGGGGCGACUCAUAUAUUUUUUUUCUCCAGGAGAAAAAAAAAAAAAAAAUCACGAGAGAUUCAUAUCGCAGUGUAGCCAUUUCAGUAUUUAUUUCUAUGAAUGAACCUUUGUGGUUCAGAAUGUAACUUUGUACAUUAAAUAUAUAUAUAAAUAUGUAUAUGAAACUUUAGUGGCUUGGUUUUGUUGUUUUUGAAGGUGAUCAUUGCAAGCAAAAUAAGGAGACAGGUCACCAGUGGGAACACGACCGAAUUUGGAACGACACUAAUUCUUCUAAGCUGAAGCUAUGCACAUUUUUAAGAUCACGGCAGCGUAUUUUGUUUAAUCUCCAUUUGUUGUUGGCACUUUGGAGGCAGGUGGGCUGUGGAAGGGCUGCCCUUCUCGCGCUCCGUGGGAAAUCUCGCCCACGUGGGGGGGGUGUAUCUCUGUCCUUGCCAACGGGAGAGACCCACAGUCUCCUUUGUCCUAUUGCCAUGACUGCGGUUUCUCCAGUAGUCCUACGCUUCUACAGCAUUUUAGCCUUAUUU